AUGGUGAGAGAACUUGAUAACACAGGCGAAGACAUGGUCAUAGACGGAGUAGAAGCAGGUCAAAAGCAAAACAAUGAGAUACCUGAUGGGUUUAACUCUAAUUACCUGAAGAUCUACUAUGGGAAAUUUUUUCCUUAUGCCGAUAUGCAUAAAUGGAUGUCAUAUGGAAACGAUGGAAAGCAUCCGGGAUGUGAUCAAUCUUAUUUUGGGAGAAGAGAGUUCUCCUUUACUUUGGAGAAUGAUAUAUAUCUACGUUUUCAGUCUUUCAAUGAUAUUAAUGAACUCGAAAAGUCCAUCAAAGAGAAGUGCCCCGUCAAAAUUGAUAUUGGACCGGUUUACAGUGUAGACCCAGCAAAAAGGCAUGCUUAUGCACAGUCUGGUAAUAACGUUUUCACCCCAGUAGAGAGAGAACUUAUAUUUGAUAUAGAUAUAUCUGAUUACGAUGAUGUAAGAUUUUGCUGCUCCGGGGCUGAUGUUUGCCCGAAAUGCUGGCCAUUGAUGACAGCAGCAAUUAAAGUUGUUGAUACUGCUCUUAGAGAUGACUUUGGGUUCAACCACAUUUUAUGGGUUUAUAGUGGUCGUCGUGGAGUCCAUUGUUGGGUUUGUGAUGGAAAAGCAAGACGGUUAAACAAUGAACAAAGAGCCGCCAUUACCGAGUAUUUGCAUGUUCACAAGGGAAAUGAAAAUAGCCAGAAAAAAGUUACUCUAUCCAGUCACUCACUUCAUCCUUUUCUUGGGAGAUCAUAUGCUGAUGUUUUGAAAGAUUUCUUCGAGCAAGAGUUCAUUUUGAGCCAAGAAUUGUUUUCAACUGAAAGAUAUGAAAGGAUACUGGAAAUGAUUCCAGAUGAAACUAUUACUUCUGAGCUUAGGGGAAAGUGGCAGGACAAUAAACGGUCGCGCGAUGAUGUGAAUGUUGUCCGGUGGGGCCAUAUUAAGCAUCUGCUGCAAUCAGGGAAACAGAAGGUAUUGGGUAUUGCACAUUGUACACUACUCAAUAUCUUGUCAUGGGCUGGUGAUCUCAAUUUUGUUGCCACUCAGGUUUCAAAACACAUGAACCACUUGCUGAAGGCACCCUUCUGCAUACACCCGAAAACAGGCCGUGUUUGUGUGCCUAUUGAUCCCAAUAAGUGUGAAGAAUUUGAUCCUUCUGCUGUACCAACUCUUGCAAGGCUCCUGGAAGAGCUCAACACGGGAGCAUUAGGAACUGGUAGCAAGGAAGAACUGGAAAAUUCAUCACUUGGCAAAUCAAUCAGAUAUUUCAUGUCGUCUUUCUUGCAGCCUCUGCUAAAGUCAUGCAAGGAAGAGAUUGAGAGUUUGUUUGCUGCUAAAGCUCAACAGUCAAAGAACAGCCUGAGCUGUUUUAGGUCUCGGUGCUUUGGCACGGUCUUCUGCCCGUUUGGGUGGGUACUCUCGGUGGUGGUGGUGGGGUCUCGCGGACUUUGCUUUUCUGUUAUGGAAGAGGGCUCUAGUCUGUGUUUUUGUUUUGUCGUUGUGUUGUUCGUGUGUUUUGUUGGUCCUCUACUUUGCUACAUGGCGCUUAAGAUGUCGGUGAUUGGCCCCGAUUGGGUUUUGACUCCUAGCUGGUUGCCAAUUAGGAUGAAGGUCGAUCGGAUCUCUAGGUGUUGUGGUGGAGUGGAUUUGUAG